GGUUCAAAUUUUAGCCGAGCGCUCUACGAAUCGGUCGAAAAUAAAAAAUAAUUUUCACUGAACGAAUAAGGUUUGCAAAAAUAAUUAAAAUAACAAAAUUCUCUGAUAUAAGAAGCGAUCUUUUAAUCACACAGUAGCCAAAAAUGACGCGGACCAAUGUAAUUGAGCUCGGCGAUUGCACACACCAUAAUCUCAAGCAGUUGAAGAAAAUCAAUUCUGUAGUAUUUCCAGUUUCCUAUAAUGACAGGUUUUAUCUCGAUGUUUUAGAAUCUGGUGAACUUGCAAAGCUUGCCUACUAUAAUGAUAUUGUAGUGGGAGCAGUAUGUUGCAGAAUCGACAGCAUUGCUAACCAACGGCGGUUGUACAUAAUGACAUUGGGAUGUUUAUAUCCAUACAGAAGACUAGGAAUUGGUACUGUAAUGCUAAAUCAUAUUCUCAAAUAUGUUGAAGCUGAUGCCAACUUUGAUAACAUAUUCCUGCAUGUUCAAGUCAACAACGAAAGCGCGAUUGAGUUCUACAAAAAGUUUGGCUUCGAAGUUGUGGAUCUUAAAAAGAAUUAUUAUAAGCGGAUUGAGCCAGCGGAUGCUUACGUCCUUCAAAAGAAUCUUAAAGAUGGUUCUACAACAAUUCAAAACGGAAACUCCAUUGAUCAUUAGAUUAUUCCAACAUCUCGUUAUCAGAUUGAAAUCAUCAUUAAAUUAAUUGUCAAGAAACUAUUGAUGGGACAUUAAAAUAGAAUGAAUGGAAAGAAAAAAGUGUUUUUAAAUUUAGAAAGGGAAAAUUUGAUGAUGUUAAUUCAUGACUAUUCAGACUCAAAAUUACUCAAUAUAUUUGUUUGAUGUUUCGGCAUACAUAUUUCUGAAAAGUGAC